AUGGCUAUUACCGUACAGCCUAGUGACCUGGUCUUUGAAUUUGCAAGCAACGGGAUGGAUGACAUCCACCAGUUAGAAGAUCCCUCGGUGUUCCCAGCUGUGAUCGUGGAGCAGGUACCCUACCCGGAAUUACUGCAUCUGUACUCAGGCCUGGAGCUGGACGAUGGUCACAGUGGCAUUCUGACGGACAGGACCGUGUGCAUGACAGAGAAUCAGAUCGUGGAGGGCAGGUUUUUGCUGGCAGAUGACAAUGAAACCACCUUGCCCACCGUGUCUACCACCGAAGUCUUGCUCAAUGCACAAUCUCCCAAUGAGGUCCUGGAUGAGAAGCAGAUCUUCAGCACCUCUGAUGUGGUUCAAGACUCGAACCCGGCACCAGCCAUCUCGAUGCCCAGCCACAUGACCCUGAACAGGGAAAGUGACACUGGUGACCAGGAGGGACAGUCUCUGGAAGAGAUGAGCCUCGGAGAUGAGAAUGCCAAGAAGACUGGGAAGUCAAAGAAGAGAAUCCGGAAGUCCAAAGGCAACCGAAGUGCCUCACCUGUCACCGACCCCAGCAUCCCCAUACGGAAAAAAUCCAAGGAUGGCAAAGGGAGCACCAUCUACCUGUGGGAGUUCCUCCUGGCCCUUCUGCAAGACAGAAACACCUGCCCCAAGUACAUCAAGUGGACCCAGCGUGAGAAAGGCAUCUUCAAACUGGUAGACUCUAAAGCGGUGUCCAAGCUGUGGGGGAAGCAGAAAAACAAGCCUGACAUGAACUAUGAGACAAUGGGACGGGCCCUAAGAUAUUACUACCAAAGAGGAAUCCUUGCCAAGGUGGAAGGGCAGAGGCUGGUGUACCAAUUCAAGGAGAUGCCCAAGGACCUGGUGGUGAUCGAAGAUGAGGAAGAGCCGGGCGAGGUCGUGGUGGCCGAAUCCCCCCAGGCCCCCGCGUCCUCCAGCGCCACUGCCCGCCGAGGCAGCUCCCGGGUCUCAUCCCGAGUCAUUCCGCAGAGCAAGGGCAGCCCCUCCUGGGAGAAGCCAAAUAUGCAGCACGUUGUGCUGCAGCCAACUGCCAGUCUGGAAUUGGGACUGUCUCCAGAUGAGGAGACCCCCACUACCUCCACUGGGCUUGUCUCCCCACCGGAGAGCCAGGCCAAGCUCACUCAAGCCGUGAGUACUUCUACAGUGCCCAGCAGCAUUCACCUGGGAGUGGCACCCAUGGGGUCAGGCUCGGCCUUGACCUUGCAGACCAUCCCACUGACCACGGUGCUCACCAGCGGGCCGUCCACCAGUACUACUGCGCCAACCCAGCUGGUUCUCCAGAGUGUCCAACCUGGCCAACCCUUCAAGGACACCUUCCUCUUGAACACCACUUUCCAAGAGAGCCAGGUGGCAGCACCAGGGUCUCCACUGAUUCUCAGUGGUCUCCCUCAACUUCUGGCUGGGGCCAACCGCCCCAAUAACCCUGUGCCAGCCCCGGUUGCGGGCACUGCAUCAGCUGGGCCCAGCUCUCAGCCCCCUGGGACUGUGAUUGCUGCCUUCAUCAGGACUUCCAGCACCACAGCAGCCCCUGGGGUAAAGGAGGGCUCUCUCAGGUCCUCCUCUUAUGUCCAGGCUCCCAUGGAAGGGCUGCUGGUCCCGGAAGAGACCCUGAGGGAGCUCCUGAGAGAUCAGGCUCACCUUCAGCCACUCCCAACCCAUGUGGUUUCAAAGGGUUCCCAGAAUCAGAGCCUUACGGGAAACCAGACUUUCUCUCCACCCAGCCGCCCCACUGUUGGGCUGACCCCAGUGGCUGAACUUGAGCUGUCCUCAAGCUCAGGGUCUCUGUUUAUGGCUGAGUCUAGUGUGGACACCUCCGGGAGCCUGCUGGCCAGAUCCCCUACCCCUGCUUCCUAUUCCCCAUUCAACCCAACUUCCCUCAUCAAGAUGGAGCCCCAUGACAUAUAA